AUGGAUUCGCCGGACGCCAAGCGGCAACGCCUGGACUCUAGCACGUCCUACAAUCUGCGAUGCCGCACCCUGGUCACCACCAGUAGUAUCGACCCACCUGACGCCAAGCGUCAGAAACUGGACACUGCUGCGUCGCAGAGCAGCACAUCGACGGUCGGCCCCCCCGUCGCCGCCACGGAUUCAAGGAGCGUCACCUUUCAUGUGACGUUUACGGCCGGCCCCACGGAAACCAAUGAGGACCGGCUGUUUGCCGGCGCCCAGAGCCGCUACGGCAGCUUCAUCGCGGGCGUGAAUACCGCCGGCCAGGGGAUAGUAAUCAUGCAGAUUGACGAUGUCAUCCUCGGCAGGCUGGAGAGCAGCCACGCGUUCGGCCACCGCGUCACGUUCAUCAACGUGGAUUCAGCUUCCCUGCUGCCUUACAUCACUUCUCGGUUCGCUGGGGUGACGGUGGGGCAGUUUAAAGUCUCCUCGGCGACGCGGAUUUCCGUGGAGCCCUCCUCCGCUGUCCCACUGCUCUACAGCGCCAGGCUUCGGUUCCCCGCUUACGAUGUCGACAGCGACAGGGCCCGCCCCGAAGACAAGCACAUCUCAGAUGGCAGCGCCCUCCUGCUCAUCCCGCACGGCGGGAUGUUCCGGGGCGGGCCGUUCCGCAAGUUUAAGGCGUGGGUUGCGUGCGGCAACGGUGACAGUCCCGAUGCCGGACGUGUGGAGCUCGCCAUCAGGGAGUCCGCUCCCGACGACUUCAUUGCUCAGCUACAAGCAGCGGCCGACAGCAGCACGCCCCUUUACAUGUAUGGUGCCAGGAUCAGCCCCUCCUCUAACAAAGCUUAUAUGAAUAGCGUCUUCCUCAGCGGCUCGCUCGUAGCAGCAGCAAGUGCCCCCGGCAAACGCCCUCCCAAGCGAGUGCACACCUUCCAGGCGGCUGUUCAGCGAACUACCGCGGCCAUCGUGCCCGCCGACACAAGUGAUAUGGUAUUGGCUUGGGAGCAGCGUAGCCGCAGUGCCCUUGUUUUACCGUCGGACGGUCCACACGCCUCGGCCACCCUGUCACCCAACCCCACUUCUGUCACUGUAGUCGGCUCACUGCCGGUCCUCCCGCUCGUCCUCACGGUCGGCAGCCGCAGUUAUCCGGUAUGCACCGACAGCAUCGCCGUCAUGCAACAGUUACCGAACUACGACGAGUUCUUCGGCAGCGCCAGCUUCGCAGACGAUAAUGAUCGUAUGGCGUAUGCUGCUUACGACUCAUUCACCAUCACCGGUACCAUCACCACCAAGACAGAAGGUUCGCAUGCGUUGAAGCUGCUGCUCCGGCAAGCCUUCGUGCUGUUCUCUUCGGUGGCUUCCAGUAGGCGCGAUUUGCGUGCGUCGUGGUUCCUGUUGCCGGACAUUUCCAUACCAAGCAUUUCCUGCAAGGUCUCCAUCGCGCGCGGCACCACGGCUUCUGCCAUUCACCAUACACUCGGCAGGUCAUGCGGUAUAGGCCCCGCUUGGUCGACAAUGAGGGCCCUAGUAACAGAUGGACGCGAAUUACGAGCGCCACAGCAGCACGUCGCCACGACGGAUGUCGUGCCAGUACACCGUCCUGUCGCCUAUGCGGCGGUGCUGGCUGCUGCCGAUCACGCGACCAUGCAGGCACCACGGCUUCUGCCAUUCACCAUGCACUCGACAGCACGACUGUCCCUGCUCCGUGCGCCUUUGACUGCACUACUUUGCUUACUUGUUGAGGCGGUGGUAACUGCGCUGUUGCCGCCUCGACUUGGAGGCGGCUUCCAACUGGAGAUGAAGGAGCGGCGGCCAGACUCCCGGUCAUGGCGGCUGGGCGGUACACAGCACCUAUUGCUGCCACGUUGCUUGGCCGUGUUGGUGUUCGGCGUGUUGGUCCUGUCCAGUGCGGAUGCAACCAGAAAGGUGCAGGCGCGAGCCAACCGGCGGCGGCGGAUCGAGCAGCAGCUGCAGCGUGAUGGGCAGAUGCACGAGCCAACCGGACACCUGAGCAAGUGGCGGCGGACCGAGCAGCAGCUACUGCUCGAUGUUUGGAGAACGCUGGCAGUGGCGCGUCCAGCUCAAGUCGUCGCAUGGCUACCAGUGACAGCCGCCAGAGCCCCACCACCACCCGAGCCAGCUUUGCCGUGGGGCUUCCGAAAGAUGUGGCUCAAUGGGCAUUCUACGGAGAAGACGGGGCUCACCAAGCGUCCUGGCGGACGCAUCCCGGAGGCUGCUCUCGCACGCUAUGAUGGUGGAGACGUGCCAGAAAUCAAUCAGGACGGGCAGCGUCUGGAGUGGCCUACCGUGCUGGAAGCCAACAUACUGGGGCUGGGCCAUGUGCAGCAGCAGAUCUACAGGCUCAAGGUCAAGAACCGGCCGUCUGACUUGCAGCCCAUCACCGUCACAAUGCACGGGAUAGCUGUGGCGAACCCAUCACUCGAUCAUGCGGCUGCAGUCGUGGCCGCUGGGCAAUUUUUGGAAUUUGGUGAGGAUGGUGCUCCAUUGCGGGAGGAGCGUGUCAUGGACAAGUGGCGGCGGGUGCAAAACAACCCCUACACCAGCCAAGCACUCCUCAACGCGGUUAAGCUCGCCUUCAUGGACAUCCUUUUUGGUUUCAAACCUGGCGACAAGCGGCAGAGCAACCCCGACUGCUUCUGUGGCACCGUGUUCCACAUCUGCAUCAAGGUGGAGCAGAGUGGACGCCUCGCCCUGCACUUGCACGGCAUGGUGCACCUGGCAGCGAUACCCAUGUGGCUGCCUGAGCCGUACUACGACAUUCAGGACAAAGAGCGACGAGUCUUCUGGCAGACACCCCUGGUCACGGCUGCACCCACCACACCAAUGGCAGUUGCACCGACGCCCAUGGAAACAUCAACGGCAGCAACGAAUUCUGGUGAUGACAGCAUGACAGAUGCUACUGCAGAAGAGGAUGACGGCCUGACUCAAGCAGAACCUGGCAGCGCCUCGGGCACAGAUGAAGACAUUGGCAAUGGUGACAAUGGAGUCCAGCCAGCCCCCCCCGCAGCGUCCGCUGGCCGCCCCCCAGCCAUCCGCGCGCCUCAGCCAGAUGGAUCCAUGCCGGCACCCGCGUAUGACUUUGCCAUUGUCGCCCGUGGCAAGCCGUGUGGGACCGGGGGUGAAGCCACUGAUACCUUUACACCCAAAGUGUGCUUGGAACGCUGCACCCAGCACCUUGUGGCGGGUGUCGUGGGGUCCUGCACCCAUAAACACACCGACACCUGCAAACGCUUCGGCUGUGCAGGCGUGGAUGGAGACUGCGGCAUGGCCUACCCACGCCACAUCCGGUGUGAGUUCAAGUGGGUGGGCGACAGCGGCCUGUUCGUUCUGCCCCGAUACGGCCCCAACAUUGUGCCCCAUUGCCCCGCUGUCACAAUGGUGCUGGGCUGCAACAACGUCUUCACGCUGGCCUGCGAGCUCGACCGUCAGUACAUCGCAACAGUGGAGGAACAGCUUGUACUGCCGGUCCCCAUGUGUGACCCCGAGGUCCUGGAGGACAUCCUUGUGCAAGCAGAGGUUGUGGCCCACCGAACCACGCACUAUGCCACCAAGUAUGUCGCCAAGGCCACGUCGCAGAGCCAAGUCACAUGGCUGAACCGCAUGAUCAUGAUCAGCCGCCACUUCCUUGACACUGCAGCUGCUGGUGGUGGAGACCCCGCAGCCGCCCACGAGGACCGAUGCAAGGGCAUCGGAAACCUUAUCUCCGCGGCGAACCGUACGACAGCCAGCCUGACCAUCGGAAUGGCCAUGGCGUCCUUCAAGUUGGCAGGACACGAUCCCGUCAAUGCGGCUUUCACGGCAGAUCUGCAUGUAAAGCUGCAGGGCACGGAUCUGACCAUUGCGAGCCUUGAGAACGUCCGCAAGAUCGUUACCACGCGCUGA